AUGGGCACCGACACGCCCAUCGAGUUCAUCUCUACAGGCCGCGUAAAGAUACGCGAGUCCAUGAGUGGACAGCCAGCCAGCCGCCUCACGCUCAACCGCCAGUUACGAUCUCUUAUGGGACCUUGGACUUCAUGGCUUCCCAUUGGCGUAUUCCUCAUCAAACACAAAGACGGUCCAAUCCUGGUGGAUACAGGUGCAUCGCCAGACUGUCUCAAAGACGGCUACUUCUCAGCCUUCAGCUUCGUCGUCCACAUUGUGAAUCAAAUUCAGAUAUCUCUAGAGGAUGGCAUCGUCUGUCAGCUUGGGAAACUUGGAAUCGACCCAAAAGAUCUUCAAGCCAUUGUGCUUACCCAUCUACACCAUGAUCACGCAGGUGGCCUCGAGGAACUGUCACAGCUGGCACCAGAGGUUCCGGUAUACGUCAGUGCCGAGCAUUGGCAAGCCUUUGGGAACAACUCCCGAUACGCAGCCAUGCAAGGCUGUGCUCCUGACCACUGGCCCAAAGACUUCAAGCCAGAGCUUCUCACAUUUGACGGAGCCAGUAUUGGAUCCUGGACAAGGUCGAACCCCAUCACAAGGGAUGGAACCGUCGUUGCCGUGCCGACUCCUGGCCAUGUGCCCGGCCAUAUCUCUGUCAUUUUUACCACUACCGAUGCACGAGACAGAGAUGGAACAGCAACUACUUACCUGAUCACCGGGGACGCAACUUACGGCUUGGAGUUUUUGGAAGCGAACGAGCCUGAUGGUGUCAAUAACGACCCCGCCAAGGCUUUGGAGAGUCUGCAGCUUAUCAAGGAGUUUGCAAGACAACGGGAAGUUGUGGCCCUCCCGAGCCAUGAUGUAAAUACCCCUCGGAUACUAGAGGGAAAAGUUCUGUACCGUCCAAAAGAUUGA